CCACGACGCGCCUUUCCUGGCUCGCCGCGUGCGUGCUCGGCACCGCCCUGGUGCAGGAGGACGCUUUCGAGGAUCUGCUGGAUUACGCUUCGGGCGGGUUCGGCGGCGUGCUGUCAGGCUCCCCGCUGCUGCUGGGAGACGGCGAGCCCGAGCCGGAGUCGCCCUUCGACGAGCCCAGCGUCGACGCCGAGGACGUCGACCCGUGCGAGGACGAGCCUGAGGGGCAGCCUAUGCCCUUCCAGCGAUGGAACAGGAUCUACUACCGCCCGAGGGCGGACUCCAACCAGGGUCUCACGAUGCUCCUGGUCAGCAAAUUCAGCUCCACGCUGGGCGAGAAGAGAUGGGUCUGCAUCGACCCGACGGGCAGGCUCCAGGUCCUCGACCUCGGGCAGCCCGCGAAGGUGAAGUCGACAAAGUUCGCGGGCGUGAACCACGGCACCUUCCAGGGCCUCUCGGCGACGGAGAAGCAGAAGGCCGUCGAGGCGGCCGACCGUAUCAUCGCCACGGGGUCCGCAUCGACGACAGGCAAGAUCACCAGGGACCACCAUCCUCGAGGUGGAGGCGCCGCGGGACGCAGGUCCCACCGCCGCCACGCGGUGUCGUGGCUACUGAAGCUGGGCUCCAACAUCGCGGGCUACGCUUGGGCCCGCCGGAGCCUAGGCACGGCGGCGGGUUCGACUUUCGUGCUGUGGCGCGCAGUCGUCUACCUCAACGUGGUGGAGUGGGUGAAGUGGGGCUACUCGUCGCUGAAGGAGACCGUGGACACGGUGGAGUAUUUCAGGGAGGAGAUCGAGACGGUGUUCGAGAUGCACGAGUCAGGAGCUUUCGAGCCUCUCUACUUCUCAGUGGGCGUGAUGCUCGUGAGUGGCUUCCUCAUGUCGUGCUGCAGGGACGAAGGCACUCAGGUGUCAGACGCCGAGGAGUCGGACUCGGUGGGAGGCGAAGUUCUGAGGCAGCUGGGUUUGGUGGCCGAGAGGCUCUCCGCUCUCGAGGAGAGGCAGGCGUCGCGCCCGACGGAGCCUCCUCAGCCAACUCCAGCGCCAUCAGCACCUCAAGCCCCAGCGAAGCCUGGGAUCGGCGCGGACAGCUACGACCAGAUGAUGGGGGCCCUCCUUCAGAGGCUGGACCGCCACAAGGAGAUGGUGGAGCAGGACAGCACGGCCGUGACCGCCGGCGGGUCCGAGCAGCGGGUGGUCAGCACCACGUCCAACCCGGAGAUCGACUCGCUGGUCAAGGGCCUGGACGACUCCUUCAAGGACAUGCGCGAGGUCGCCAAGGAGAAGCUGCAGGCCUACUCCAGCGACGUGGCGUGGACGAUCCCAGGGGGCAUCAAGACGCGAGUGGCCCCGUCAAUGGUGGCGCGCCUGUACCGCAGUGGGGCUUCAGCGGUGGCGAGCAUCAGGGAGAUGAUUCGCACGAAGCAGCUGGACGGCAACCACAUGGCGGAGGAGGCCCUCCUCAUCAGCAUGAUGCUCGACCGAUCCAUGGUGGAGGCGCCAGCCGACUGGAUCAACUACAAGACGACGGAGUUGGCGAUGCGGCGCCUCCACGGCAUCGAGAGGGCCUUCGAGAACGUCAAGCAGAGGUCGGACUGGAAGCCGCCCAACGGCUCCAAGGCGGGCUGGAAGUCUCGCGUCAACUACGCCCUGUUGGAGGAGCUCGACACGACCAAGUCGGAUCAGGAUGGCCUUCUCAUCGACGGCGUGGAAAAGGAGCUUCGCGAACGCUUGGCUCACCGCGCCCUUCUCGCCGCCAAGUCCCUCGACAAGCUGCAGGACAAGAAGUCUCGCUUCGCCCAGGAGCGAGCGAUCAGGGUCAGGACGAACGCCGCUCUGAGGUCCUUAGCCGCGCUGACGACGAACUCAUACCACGACCUGCGGGACUCCAGUUUCGGAUCCUCCAAGGAGUGGGACACGAGCCACGAGCUGCCGCGCAGGAUCUCCGAGAGGGUGCUGCAGUGCCACAGGGACGCGCACGAUCAGAAGAUGUACGACUCCGACGCCGAGUCCGCUUUCGAGCGGCUGGCCUUGCAUGCCAAGCCUGGGACCUACGCGGGCUUCAGUGUAUCAGACAAGGACGACGACGACGUGCCGCAACGAGGGAAGGUCAUGCCCUUCGUGAGCGGCGAAGCGUCUCUGCCUCCAGCGGGGACGCAGCCAUGCGACAUAAGGAUGAUUUCACCAAAAGCGAGAUAUUACUUCGACCGAUUUCACGAGAGGAUGUGCCUGCCGCCCAGCCAGGUCGACGAGGCCGACAUCGAGAAGACGAGAGCCUACAUGGACCCCAGUUUGAGGAGCAGGUCAGCCCGCCUCCAGUUCGCGCUGAGACUAUGGGAGUCAGGCAUGCUCGGUUUCACGGACAUCUGCAGGGCGGAGGUUUCGGUCUUCUUCGUCAUGAAGAAAGUCAACGAGGCAGGCCAGUUCAUUCUCCGGCCCGUCUGGGACCUGAGGCAGGUGAACAAGCGUUUUCAGAAGCCACCUCACCUUUCUGUUGGGUCUCCGAUGGCGAUGGCGGAGCUGGACCUGUCCGACGAGAUCACAGAUGGCAGAGUCUUGCAGUCAACGUGGGGAGACGUGCCAGAUUACUUUCACAGAUGCAAGAGCUGCAGCGAGCUGUGGCCGUACAUGGUGUUCGGAGGCGUGACGAUCCCCCAGCUUUUGAAGGAGCUCAAGCGCCAGGGCAAAGGGGUGCCGGCGGUCCCGAAGGGGGCCCGCUACCUGUGCCUGGUGGUGAUGCUGAUGGGCUUCAGCUGGUCACCAGCGAUCUGUCAUGGUGCUCUGGAGGACCUUCUGUGCGAUCUACCUGGCUUCCCGCGGGGAGCUCAGCUGGUCCACGGGCGCGUCCCCCCCAGCUUCUCCGAGACGGCCUUCAUCUACUGGGUGUUCAUGGACGACUUCGCCUCGAUGACCUUGCAGCAGGACGAGAUGAGCGAGGUGGCGGGGGCAGUCCGCGAACACGCUGGGAAGAAGCUCAAGGAGGUGGGCCUCGACAUGCACAAAGACGGAGUCGGGGCAGCGAUGCCCCUCUCUCUGGGCGUGACGAUCACUCAGCGCCCUCAUCGCUUGAUGGCAGCUCAGGAGAAGGUCAAGAAUGUCAUUGGUGCGACCAAGGCCCUUUUGGACCGAGGUCGAGCGACGCCAACCGAGCUAUCAAGGAUACUUGGGUCGUGGGUGUGGUUGGCGAUGUGCUGUCGGGCCGCCUUCUGCAUGCUGGACGCGUGCUACAAGUUCGCGACGAAGUGCGGCGACGACGAUCAGGUUCACAUCCUGUGGGAGAGCGUGACCAACGAGCUGUACAUGCUUUACCACCUGGCCCCCCUGAUGUACACCCACUUGGAGUCGAAGUGGAGCUCCAGUGUCUUUGCUACGGAUGCGAGCGAGGAGGGCCUUGGGGUAGUCGAGACGGCGGCGAGCCGGGAAGAAGUCCGAGCCGAAGUCAACCGACAGUGGAGAGCCGACCAUCUUCGGGACAUGGCCAGGGACGAGGAGGAGGAGGAGCUGCUCAGUGGCGAGAACCUCGAGCGAGCCAGACGAGGCAUCCCCCCCGUGGUGUCCGAUGGCGAGGUCCCUCCGAUGAAAUUCAUGGCCGACAUUUUCUCGGGGUACGGCGGCUUCGGGCAGGCGAUCCGCGAGGAAUUGCAGUGCCAGACCCUGUUCGUGGACAACGCACGGGAGGCGCGCCACGACCUGCUGGACUCGUCCUUCGUCGAGCUCGUCUGUCGCGCCGUUCUUCGGCCCCUCUUCUUCAUGGUCCACUUGGCCCCUCCAUGCUCCGCGUUCUCGCGGGCACGUCGACCCCCUUUGCGAGCUCCAGGCCGUUGGAUUCGUGGUCUCCCAGGUCUUUCCCCUCAGCAGGUGCAGAGAGUACGGGAAGGCAACGCUCUGGCCCAGGCAGCGAUCUCGAUUUGCUACGCGUGCCUGGCAUCGGGGACGGGCUUUUCACUGGAGAACCCCAGGACCUCGAUGAUCUGGGAUCUCCCCGACAUGGCGAAGUUGCUGACGAUGGAUGGAGUUCGCGCAGUGGAGAUGGUGCACUGUGCUUUCGGAGCCCGAUGGAAGAAGCCAACUCGGAUAGUGACCAACGUGCAGGCGCUGGAGGAGCUCGAAUGCAAGUGCUCUCAGGAUCACGAUCAUCAGGAGCUGCGGGGACGCGACUCUCAAGGGCGACUCUGGACGCGCCUGGCAGCAGCCUACCCGCCACGCCUGUGCAAGGCCUAUGCCUCGUGUGUGGCCAAGGCCGUGUCCAACAACGAGCUGAAGCUGCACGACUGGCGCAUGCGAGAACUCCGAGGCGCAUCGCCGAAGCCAGUCGCAGUCAUGAGUCACUGGGCCAAAGUAUCCCGAUGGCAUCUAGCGUGGAAAGGGGUAUGGGCUUAUCACGAUCACAUAAAUGUGCAGGAAAUGAGGACGGUCGCGUCGGUAUCUCGUCACCUGUGUCGCUCGUCAAAGAACUGGUUCAGCCGAGUCUUGGUCCUGUGCGACUCUAUGGUGACGGUGGGCGCAGUCAGAAAGAUGCGGAGCUCUUCGCGACCUUUGAUGACGCAGCUGAAGAAGAUCGGUGCGAUCACGCUGGCCACCGGUAUCCGAUUGACGCUGAGGUGGAUACCCACAGACAUGAACCCGGCCGACGGCCCGUCGAGAGGCGAGGAGAUAGGCAGCGCCGAGAUCACCAAGACCAAGUCCGAGCAGAAGAAGAGCGCGAUGGACAGCGACUUCGAGUUCGAGAGGCUCUUCGGGGACAUGCUGGAGAUCAGGGGCAUGCACGACGACUACGACCUGGCCUGGCAUUUAUACACGGAGCCGACAGACCAGGACGAGAGCUUCCAGGCUGACGGCGACCACACUUUCGACAGUGAAGAUGGGCAGGCUGCUGAUGACGUGGGAAUGUUCGCAGGAGCUCUCGAAGCAGCGGUGACAAUCAAAAAGACGGCCAAAAAGAAAAGAAAGCAACGAGCUCACGUUCCUCAGAACAAGAAAGGCCCCCUCGCCUUCGAGAAUGCUGCUCGGGAGCCCCCAGUGUCGAGAACCAGCCUGGGCUCGGGCACGCUGGAAGUACCUCUGCGGCUUCUCGUUCACGCAGUUCAGGACAACACUAACGUGUGCUACAUCAAGGAGGUGGAGCCCUUCCUUGUGAGGGUGCGUCUCAAGAGGCUUCCUUUUGCCACGGCGGCCGAGCGUGACAUCACCCUUGCGGCGGAGUUAGACCACAUGUGCUUCGUGGAGAGGGCUUCGGUGUCAAGAGGAGUUCGACUGUACCAUGGGCUGGUCCACCUGUUUCCAGAGUGGAAGUCUGAGCUGCCGAUCUCCUUGCGUGCUUUGCAUAGCUGGGAGAAACUCCAGGAGUCCUGGGAAGGUGGCCCAGCCUCUGCCGAAGCAAUCUAUUUCAUAUCAUCCGAGGCGAUCAAAUCAGGCCACGUAGACGAGGGGAUAGCAUUUCUUGUAGCGUACGAUUGUUAUCUUCGAGAACAGGAUUGGCUGCAGCUGAAGG